AAGAGUCACUGGAGACGAUGUUACAUACGUACUGCACGCGUUUUGUUGAUGCAUUUCGUCUGAAUGUAUACGGCAUGCGAGGGAACACUGCUCAGGGAAAGUAACGGUUUUUGUCUCUCGAGAUUAUUGGUUAGAGAAAGACGGACUGCUGUGAUAGUUAUUUGGCAAAGGAAGGAGCUUUACUAACUGAAGAAAGCGUUUAAUCGGACAUUAAUACUACUGUUGUUAGUGUUUUUGUUAUGGACACUAAUAACUGCAUGUCUGGAGACACUUUUGUAACAGAGAGGAAAAGUUUUUUUUAACAUUUUUUUUGUUUGGCUUUAUUUUUUUCUACUUAAAAUUUUAAAUUUGCGCGCUAGCCUUCACAGGAUGUGACACCUUUGCGAAACUAUACUGCAAUAUACAUAUAAAACUUCCGAAUUAAGUUUGUGCCUUUUUGUGCUAUUUCUACAGCAUUAAAAAUAAACAACAACGAUGGAUGCAUUUAAAGGGUCCGUGAACGGUGUCUUGUACACCGAGGCUGCCGAGAUCUUCAGACAUGACGACCCAUUUAAUGGUCCCGUGGAGUCCAUUGAACCCUGGAACUUCAAGUUUUUGGCAGCGCUGAUGUUCCUCAUUACUGUUCUGUCCUUGUCUGAAAAUUUCACCGUCAUGCUAGUAACUUUUAAGUUCAAGCAGCUGAGGCAGCCUUUGAAUUACAUCAUUCUCAAUUUAUCUUUAGCGGAUUUCCUUGUGUCUCUGAUUGGCGGAACUAUUAGUUUCCUCACCAAUAUUAAAGGGUAUUUCUUCAUGGGAGCCUGGGCUUGUGUCAUGGAAGGAUUCGCGGUGACAUUCUUCGGGAUUGUUGCAUUGUGGUCUUUGGCUGUGCUUGCUUUUGAACGAUUUUUUGUGAUCUGUCGUCCUCUGGGUAACAUUCGGCUACGGGGAAAACAUGCUGCUUUGGGAAUUGUGUUUGUCUGGACAUUCUCUUUCAUUUGGACCAUCCCGCCCGUACUGGGCUGGAGCAGCUACACUGUCAGUAAAAUUGGUACCACCUGUGAGCCCAACUGGUAUUCUGGAGAUUAUUUUGACCACACCUAUAUAAUCACAUUCUUCACAACCUGUUUUAUAUUACCAUUAGCUGUAAUCAUUGUAUCAUAUGGAAAACUUAUGAGAAAACUGCGGAAGGUUUCAGAUACGCAGGGCAGAUUGGGGAGUACAAGGAAGCCAGAAAGACAAGUCACAAGGAUGGUCGUUGUCAUGAUUGUAGCUUUUUUAAUCUGCUGGACACCAUAUGCAGCCUUCUCCAUUAUUGUCACUGCAUGUCCAACUAUUUACCUGGACCCACGCUUGGCAGCAGUCCCAGCCUUUUUCUCCAAAACUGCUACAGUUUACAACCCAGUGAUAUAUGUGUUUAUGAAUAAGCAGUUUAGGAAAUGUUUAAUACAACUCUUUCAUUGCAACAAUGAUGCAAUAGACUUAAAUUUUAACCAGACUACGGAGAGAGGUGGUAUCACCGCUGGAACCAAUGAAGGCAAUAAAGAUUUCAUUGAUCAUUUUUAAGAACACCUGCUAAAAGAAAAUGGCAGCAAGAUAAAACCUGUCAUUUAUCAUAUCAAACGAUCUUCAUAUACAGCACAUAAAGUGUGACAAAGGGCACAGCUAAAGAAAUUCUUAGUAUUAUGGCAUUCAUUUAUUAUUGAUGUGCUGACUGAAGUUUAUCCUUUAUUAUAGACUUGUACGAUCUAUAAUGUCUUGUUUCUUUGUACACCUAAAAUAACUUAGAAACAGUAAAUAAAGCUUGUUCUUGCCUCCAUUCAUUUUUCUGCAAGAAAUAUAUUCUAAAUUUGAUGAUAAAUCUGUGUACUUUGUUUGACUAGCCAUUCAGCUGAUGUUAUGUCUCUGCUCAUUUUCAUUACCACUUUCAAAAGCAAAAGCAAUCUGUUGUGUCAGUGGAAUUUUCUUUUAUGAAUGAUUUGUUCUUUGUUAAAUGGUAUACUAUGUCUUGUGUUAAAUUUCUAUGUCAUUUAUUUAUUUUUGAAAGCAAAAUUGAAUUUUUUCCACUCUGGUAAAUAUUUGCCAUGCAAUAUCCCCUGUGUGUGUUAAUGAUUAAAAGAUUCAAAUAUAAGAUUUUUUUUUUACCUAAAAUGUAGUGAUUUCUUUAUUAAACUUGAAAUUGCUUUUCUCAUUCACUGCAAUUAUUAUGAAAUAAAAAUGCUAUUUUAUGGUCCUAGAAA